AUUUUGACAGCUAAAAAAGAAAACGAGCGUAUUGGUUUGGGCUUGGUAGUGGCUUUCCUUCCUCGACGUUUCAUCAGCUCGCUGUUGGUUGACGCCAUUUGCACCGUGAUUGUAAAACGAAACAGCCUCGACGCCAAGUGGGCUCUCGCCCGACGUAGUGCCGUCGAUGCUCUUGGAGAGAUAUUUGCAAGCCGACCCUGUGCUGAGUGGAUUUCUCCCGUUUUCAGUGCCUUAUUUUGCGCGGUUGAGGAUUACACCACUGACUGUCAUGGAGACAUUGGACGUUUCGUUCGAAUGUCAGCGAUGUGCGUGAUGACGAAAGUGUUGUGCCUCCGGGCUGAGGAUGCAGUGUUACAACAACAGUAUGCUCAGCGAGUGGUGCAGCAUAUGGUUCAGCAAAGUGUAGGCAAAAUUGGACGAAUACGAGAGACCGCUUGUAAGUGCAUAAAAACAUUGCUGUACUCAAAGAUCACUCGGCAGCAUAUAUCACACGCCGAUGAGCUUUCAGCAAUUUAUCGUGACGAACAGGAUUUCAUCCAGGAUUCCGUUUUUCUAUCCAUAACGCCUCUCUUAUUGUGUGAAGAAUACUAUACUGACCUCAUUUGCGGUCUUGUGAUAUCUGCAGAAGGUGUAAGUGAAGGUACAACGAUGGCGAGCUUCCCAAGCAUUAAUGGAGUAUCAACUCUCUACAUCGAAGAACCUCAAGGU